AUGCCUGUGCAAUGGUCCUCAAUGUACGUCAUGCUGCAUCGUGCAGAGGAGCUCAAGGAACAUGUUGAUCAGUUUGUCUCUGAUAUGGUGCGAGCAGAGAAGGAUUGCGCAAAGCGACAGAAACUUGAUGAUCUCCAGCUGUCCUCGGACGAAUGGGAACACGUCAAGAACUGCCUGGAUCUUCUCUUACAUGCUGAUCACGCACAACAGGUGUUCUCUUCCGAGGAGGGACCGUCUCUUCAUCUGGCACUGCCGGCACUCGAGGCGAUCCAGCGUGCUUGGCUUACACGCUCUGACUGCCCAAAGUAUGUGGUGUUUGCAUCUGCCCUUGAGGCUGGCUGCGCGAAGAUCAAGGAGUACUUCGAGAAGACGGCGGACUCCGAAGUUUACAUGCUUGCGCUCCUUCUCGACCCUGCUCAGAAGUUGAGCUACAUCCGCAAGUCUUGGGGGAAGGAGCUGCUUGCAGAGGCUCGUGCUCAUGCUGAGGAGAUUUAUAAGGCACAGUACUUGGAGAUGUACGGCAGUGAUGGGCAAACACCAGCGCCAUCUCGACCCGCAUAUUCCGGUCAAGCCCCUUCUGCGCAAGCUACCCCGGUACCCGACUCCGAUUCCGAUGACGACGAGCCGGAGAGUGAGCCUGAGCCUGAUGCUUCUGCUGUGGCGAAGCCUUGGCUCAAGGACUUCAAUGGCUACCUUGACUCAACCGACGAUCUGGGUAAACUCUCCAUUAAAAACGUGUACAAAUAUCCUGUAUGGGCAUCGCUCGCCCAUGACUACCUUUCUGUGAUGGCAUUGUCCGUUUCCAGUGAGCGAGCUUUCUCUUCGGCUGGAAUCACAAUUAGCAAGCGGUGCAAUUGCCUCAAGGCCGAUAUUGUUGAAGCGCUGCAGCGUCUGAAGAGCUGCUUCCACCACAACAUCCUCUUCCGUGAGAUGCCAUCAUCUCUCACCGAGUGCGACGAUCAGAUCCCAGCGGUCGCGCUCGACUUGCCGGACACCCAGUCUGCUGACACCACUGAGGAGGACCCAGGGUGGGAUGUAGAUGAAGAGACAGAGGUGUUUGGGAUAUGCGAACUCAAUGAUCUUGUUGUAAUGUUGUUGUAG